AACUCUUCUUUUUUAUACCAUAUUUUCAGAUAUAACUUCUUGGUCGGCGGUGACGGAUACAUAUAUGAAGGUCGAGGUUGGGGCAAAGAAGGGGCAUAUGCAAAGGGUUAUAAUAAAAAAAGUGUUGGAAUAGGUUUUAUAGGUAAAUAUCACGAUACGUAUCCUUACUAUGACACACCAACUCCGGAUCAAGUUCGCUGUACGCAAAACUUGCUGGAAGAAGGCGUCAAAUUGGGAUGGCUUGCAAGUAAUUAUAGCCUUGUAGGAUACUGUGAUCUCCUUGUCGGGAUACCACCUGGAAAUGUUCUACUUAAAGAGAUCAGGACUUGGCCACAUUAUAGGAAAGAAGGAAACCCUGGAACAUGUGUUUAAUA